AUGCGUCCUCCGCCAGCUUUCAAUAAUCACAUACCGGAAGAAAAUCGCCAGUAUCAGCCGAUCAUAUCUACGGACAGUUCAAUCCAUCAAAGCCAACGGAUAUUCACUAUAAACAAAGUGAUAUUAGAAUACCCACACCGACAGCUGCUUCCUAAAGUCUCCCUUGGGAAAUGUACUGGUCCUCCAUACUGCGAGAUCUGUGUUCGUUCUGGGCGAACUUGUGUGUUCGAGUCCUCCAAAGACCGACGAAGGAAAGGAGCUCUGCAACAUGCUGAAAAGAUAUUUAAAAGCGGUGCAGAUCAGGAUGUCUGUGAUCUGGUGGAUAGGAUGAAAUAA